AUGUCGUCAUUCGCAGAUUUCGGCCCUCAAACAGUGUGGCUUGUGACUGGCUGCUCAUCCGGCCUAGGGAAAUCCCUCGCACAGGCCAUCUACAACGCCGGUCAUCGUAUUGUAGCAACCGCCCGAGACAUCGCCUCACUCUACUAUCUACCAGACAGCCCGACCGUACUCAAAAUCAAGCUCGAUGUGACAAGUCAAGAAGAUAUAUGCGCAGCAUUCCGUCAAGCUCUGGACACUUUCCAUGAGAUCAACGUUGUGAUCAAUAAUGCCGGAUACGGCUUGAUGGGAGAUAUGGAAGCCAUCUCCGACUCCGACGCCCGCCACCAACUCGAAACCAAUUUCUGGGGUCCGGUUCACAUAACUCAAGAAGCUCUUCGCGUCUUCCGAGAGGUGAAUCCUAAAGGUCAGGGCGGUACCAUUGUCCAGGUCUCUUCCAUUGGUGGGUUUUUGACUGCGCCCGGUCAUUCUUUCUACCAUGCUAGCAAAUUCGCGCUAGAAGGUUUCACCAAGUCCGUCGCAAAGGAACUUCGUCCAGAGUGGAAUAUUGUUCUGUUAAUUGUUGCCCCUGGGGGCGUGAGGACGAACUUCGCUACAUCAAGUUUGAAAGCUCCGCCCCGACACCCGGCAUAUAAUUUGCCAGAUGGGGCGUUCAGUCAAUUGGCUGCGUAUAUCAAGGCGCAGAACGUCUGGAGCGAUCCGGAUAGUUGUGCUAAAGUGCUUUUUGAUUCUGUGGUUGGACAGCGUGAGCGCCCUUUGCCCGCUCGUUUGCUGAUGGGGGCUGAGACUAUUCCAUACAUGAAAUAUGAUAUCAAGCAGGUUAUGGAAGAAAUUGAUGCGUGGAAAGGGGAGACUGUGCGGUGUUCAUUAGCUCCUGGGGCUAGUGGAAAUCAAAUUUAG